CCCGGCCGGGGCGCGUAGGGCGGAGCGGCUCCAGCCCAGCCCAGCCCGGCCCGUCCCCUCCCCGAGCCGCCGCCGAGCCCCGCUCUCUCCCCGCCGCCAUGACUUCCCUGACCCAGCGCAGCUCCGGGCUGGUGCAGCGCCGGACCGAGGCCUCCCGCAGCGCCGCCGCCGAUAAGGAGCGGGGCGCCGGCGGCGGCCCCGAGGAUGAAGGGCGCCGGGACGAGUCCGGUGACGACGAGAAGGGCGAUUCCAAGGAAACGCGGCUCACUCUCAUGGAGGAGGUGCUGCUGCUGGGCCUCAAGGACCGUGAGGGUUACACAUCGUUCUGGAAUGAUUGCAUCUCCUCGGGAUUGCGUGGCUGUAUGUUAAUUGAAUUGGCAUUGCGGGGGCGUCUCCAGCUGGAGGCCUGUGGAAUGAGGCGCAAAAGUCUGCUAACGAGAAAGGUGAUUUGCAAGUCAGAUGCUCCUACAGGGGAUGUUCUGCUUGAUGAAGCUCUGAAACACAUAAAAGAGACCCAGCCUCCUGAAACAGUACAAAAUUGGAUUGAACUGCUUAGUGGUGAAACAUGGAACCCACUCAAGUUGCACUACCAACUACGAAAUGUCCGCGAGCGGCUAGCUAAAAAUCUAGUGGAAAAAGGUGUACUGACAACAGAGAAACAGAACUUCCUUCUUUUUGACAUGACCACGCACCCUCUCACCAACAACAACAUCAAACAGCGCCUCAUCAAGAAGGUCCAGGAGGCAGUUCUUGACAAGUGGGUGAACGACCCCCACCGCAUGGACAAGCGCUUGCUGGCGCUCGUGUACUUAGCCCACGCCUCAGACGUCCUGGAGAACGCUUUUGCCCCCCUCCUGGAUGAGCAGUAUGAUUUAGCCACAAAGAGAGUGCGGCAGCUCCUGGAUUUAGACCCUGAGGUUGAAUGUAUGAAAACCAACACGAAUGAGGUUCUGUGGGCUGUUGUAGCAGCUUUCACAAAGUAACUGCAUUCAGACUGAAGCGUUCUCUCUUCUUUCAUGUAAACCAGUUUUCUCUCUUUUAUUGACUAUUCAUGUUUUCUGUAAUUUGUACCUUCUCACAUGAUGAAUCGGCUUUUGUUUAAUGGGAAUUAUAAGUGGUGUAUUCCCUACUUCUCUAUCUGUAUACAGGAUUUUGCUGGUACAAGAGACUUUCCUGUUUAAAACAACAGAAGAAGGGUGAACUGCCAUAUUGGCAUUCCAUUUCCUAUUCAGUUUGAGUUACCUUAAAUACUUUGUUUAAUUUUUCACCUCAUUGUUAUUGAAGUGGUUUGUCACCAAAGCUCCAUGUUGAAGUGUCUGUCAGGACAUUUUAUACACAGAUAUUUUCAAUUACAUAUAACAAAAUUACUUAAAAAGCAGAAAUGCCAUUAAGCAGCUUUGUCAAUAGUUCCUGUAAAAUGCCCCAUAAAUUUUAAUUUUCAUGCAGGUCUCUUGUGUACUUAUAUUUUCAUUAGAAUGAUAGCUGAGUCAUAACACUAGUUUAGAAAGGUCCAAUUGUUUCAUAAACCAGUUUUGGGAGGGGAUACAUUCCAUUAUAUUGUGUAUAUAUAGUUCAAAUUGUAUAUUAACAACUGCCCCAUCUUAGUAUUUUGCAAGAUCUACUUACUUGUACACCUGGUGCCCCUUAUUUGCUGUCAGCCAUUGCCAUCUGAUGCAAAGAAAGGCCUCCUGCAGAGGUCCUGUGUGUGAAAGCUGUUUGUUUCCAGAGUGUCUGGAGUUUGCCAUCCAGGUAUUUUCAGUCUAUGCAUUGCCUUUAAAAAUUAGUGAAUGGAAAGAGACUGCUUUCUAUCAUUGGUACUUUUUUCUUUCCCUCCACUUCUGUAUGGAAAAGACUCAUGACCAGUACAAUUCUUGAGUGUGUUUUUUUUGUUUUGUACACAAAUGAAUGUUUGUCUCAUAAACCUUGAACUAUUUGACACUUCAAAAACAAAAAGUCCUAGCAGGUGUUGCAUGUAAAUGGUUAGCAAGUAAUGGCAGCAGUUCAGAGAAUUCAGAUAUCUGUAAUGGGAUGCUCUGCUAUAUUUUAAUUUUUAUAUAUACAAUUAUGCUGAUUAGCACACUAGUGUAAAAAAACCCAAAACCUAUAUAAAACCCUGGCUUUUUAAAAUUUAUUGCCUCUUUGCCGCUGCUUGUUAUUUCCCAUUGAUUUCUCAGUGUAAAUAUUAUGCAUUGAAAGAAUUAAGCAUUGAUUUCUAUACUUUUUUCAUCAUACCAAUGCAGAUUUAUAGUGGGGCUUACAGGUGUUUAGAAACCUUUUGGUUAAUAUUCAGAACAAGAAUACUAGAUGGUGUAUAACUGUAGAGUUGAAAUUUAAGAAAUCCCUUAAUCUGUAUACUAGCUUUUUACCUACAGUAAAUAAACUAUGAUCUUGAAAGUGCCUGAAACAGAGUAAGCAUGUCACUUAUACUUUUUUGUUGCUAAUUAGAAAGGUUUUAUUGCCUAACUGAAAGCUUUAGUUUAUAUCCUUCUUAUUAGAAAGGGAGAAUUUAUAUUAAGUAGUUCAAACUGACUUAAUCAGUGGUGUUGCUCAGAUCUGCAGGAUUCAUUGCUGGGACAGGCUGAAUUAAUGUGGGGAGUGUGCAACUGUGCCUGCCCUAGGUAGACCUCUUCAGUCUUGAGCACAGCUCUACAGCCUCAUCUGUGACUGGACUUCCAAUUUUGCACUUCAUUUUCAAUCAUUGAUAUGCUUGAGUAGUUGACUGUAAAAUGCAACUUAAAUUCAUCGUACCUCUAGAACCUUUUUUAAGAAAGGUUUUUAAAAAUACGGUCCUUGACAUUUAAUGGCACACUGUUCUUUCAGUUCUUAAUGCUAUUUCUUUAGACAAAUGAAAUUAAAAGUAUAUUGUAAAGUAUUUCAAACUCUGGUUUACAAAUAAAAAGACAAACAGUAUUCUCUCACUU